AUGGAGAAAGACCCCAGCUGCUACCAGGAUGCAACCAAGACGGUGGCGGGCGACGGGCUGGGCGCCGAGGGGACGGAGACACAGCUGGACGAUUUUGUGGGCGCUCACCCUGACUACAACGAGGAGGAGGAGGAGCAGAAGUACUUCCGUCGCAAGCGCCUCGGCGUGGUCAAGAACGUGCUGGCCGCCAGCCUGGCCGGCACGCUCACCUACGGCGUCUACCUGGGCCUCCUGCAGAUGCAGCUGAUCCUGCACUACGACGAGACCUACCGGGAGGUGAAGUACAGCAACAUACAGCUGGAGGACAUCGACCGCAAGGUGCUGAUGGGCAUCAACGUCACCCCCGUCGCGGCGCUGCUCUACACGCCCGUCCUCAUCAGGUUUUUCGGCACCAAGUGGGCCAUGUUCCUGGCGGUGGGGAUCUAUGCCCUCUUCGUCUCCAGCAACUACUGGGAGCGCUACUACACGCUGGUGCCCUCUGCCGUGGCCAUCGGGGUGGCCAUCGUGCCCCUCUGGGCCUCCAUGGGCAACUACAUCACGCGGAUGGCCCAGAAGUACUACGAGUACGUCAACUACAAGGAGGAGCAUGUGCAGGAGCAGCAGCGGGCGCCGCGAGGCGCCUGCAACGCCUACGUCAUCGUCUUCCAGACCAUCUUCUACGCCUGCUUCCACCUGAGCUUCGUCUGCGCCCAGAUGCCCAUGCUCUUCUUCCUCAACAACUACCUCUACCAGCUCAACCACACGCUCUUCGGGGUCAAGCACUGCGGGACCCUGAGCCACGGCAUGCUGGCCGGCUUCAACAAGACAGUGCUGCAGAGCCUGCCCCGCAGCGUCAACCUCAUCAUCGUGGAGAGCGCCCUGAUGGCGGCCGCCUUCCUCGCCAUGCUGGUGGUCCUGGUGCUCUGCGGCUCGGCGUAUCGGCCCACGGAGGAGAUCGACCUGCGCAGCAUCGGCUGGGGGAACAUCUUCCAGCUGCCCUUCAAGCACAUGCGGGACUACCGCCUGCGCCACCUCUUCCCCUUGUUCAUCUAUAGCGGCUUCGAGGUGCUCUUCGUCUGCACCGGCUUCUCCCUGAACUACGGCGUGUGUGCCCUGGGGCUGGAGAAGCUGGCGUACCUCCUCAUGGCCUACGGCUUCUCCGCCUCGGCCUGCUCCAGCCUGGCCCUCUGCAUGCUGCGCCUGCGGCGGCAGAUCCCGCUGCUGGCCGGAGCCCUCAUCCACACCGCCCUCCUGGUGACUCUCUUCUGCUGGGCACCCGAGCCCCGGCACCUAGUCCAGGCGCCUCUGCUCUACACCAUAGCCGUGCUCUGGGGCAUGGGGAGCACCCUCAACAAGACCGGCAUUAGCAUCCUCCUGGGCAUGCUGUACGAGGAUAAGGAGCGCCAAGACUUCGUCUUCACCAUCUACCACUGGUGGCAGGCCCUGGCGAUCUUCACCAUCUACUUGUGGUCGGGGCUGCCCAUGAAGGAUAAGGAGCGCCAAGACUUCGUCUUCACCAUCUACCACUGGUGGCAGGCCCUGGCGAGCUUCACCGUCUACUUGUGGUCGGGGCUGCCCAUGAAGGCAUCCCGGGCCCAAAUCCUGGACAAAGCCACAGAGUACAUCCAGUACAUGCGCCGGAAAAACCACACGCACCAGCAGGACAUCGACGACCUCAAGCGGCAGAACGCUCUCCUGGAGCAGCAAGUGCGCGCGCUGGAGAAGGCCCGGUCGAGCGCCCAGCUGCAGGCCAACUACCCCUCGACGGACAACAGCCUCUACACCAACCCCAACGGCAGCACCAUCUCCGCCUCC